CCCUCUCUGAUUCCUCGGCUCUUCUUGACUCCUCCAGCAAAGCUAGCCUUAGAGCAACCGGUUUAUUCGAGGAUUGAUUCUCCAUAUUUCUGGGCUUGGCAUCCCCCUGAAGACCUUACCGAGGAUGCUAGAUUUUUGUUGGACAAGUGCAAGGCUUUGACAUAUGAGGUGUUGGCCCAUUGGAGCUAUGAUACUGUUUUCAAAUUAGCCCUGACAACUUGGCAUUUUGAUCACUGGGAUAUUGAAAAACCGCCUUCUUCAGCCUCGAAGGAUUUGAUUUCUUUCUUGAGUCGGCCCAAUAACGACAUAAUUGAGAUACUACAAGACCGAUACAGAAGCAUGAUGGGCCAGGGAGCUGCAUUGAGCGAUUCCUUCGAUUUCUUGCUGGUCUUGAACUGA